CCAGCUAACCUUGAAAUUUUUUCUGUGAAUGAUUUUUUUUUUCGCAACUGAAACGGUACAAGAAUCUUCAAGGUCUGAGGCUAUCAAUCCCCAGAUUUACUACGAGAGAGGGAAGAGAAUUUUGCAAUCCACGAUCUCUUUCACCCAGGAACUUUCAGUUUCAGGUAAUUCAUUUAAGAUUCAAGCUUCUUUUUUUUUCCCCUUUUCCUUCGCUUUCUCGCCAACCAAACAGAAAUGUUCCAAUAUGAUUUUGCUUUAAUCGAGUAAUUUGCAGUCCUCAGAUAAAAGACAGUCCACUUAGCUAGAAUUAGACACCGUGAACGCAGAAGCUAGCUCAGUCCCCUUUCUCUAAUCUUCGCUUUCCGCAAAUUACGACACUAACGGUACUUGAAACCUGAUUUCGUUUUGAUGAGUGAUAAAGAUAGAUAAUUUCUAAGAAUAACACUUUUGAUUUUUGUAAUUUCUAGCUCAUAAAGUAAAUUUAUUGUGAGAAAUAUCAUUUAGAAGCCAUUGGGGGUUUUCAAUGAAGACCCUAAGAAGUUUUUUGAAGAAUUCAGUGGGUUUUGUUUGUAUAGUGAUCUCUGUUUCUUGCCUUUCGGUUACGAUUGUUUCGAUGCUUAGGCUUCCAGACGUAUCAGUGGGAAAUAGUGCAAUUCGUGCCUUAAGACCCCAUAGAUCCAAUAGAUUUGAGAAGGUUUAUGCGGAUAGUAUAGGGAAAUUUGGGGAAAUGAUGGUUGAUAUGUUGCCUAAAGAUCUAAAAUUUACUAUAUUUGUCCCUUCGGAGAAGGCGUUUGAGAGGGACUUGAGGCUGCGGGUGAAUGAGAGUUUGAGUGCGGAGAAGGUGAAUGAUACAUAUGCAAUACUCACUCGAGUAUUGGGUUUCUCGGCUGUGCCUCGGAUGAUUUCUUCGGUUAUGUUACCAUUUGAUAAGGAGAUCAAUUAUGAUUCCUUAUCCGGAUUUAGAUUGUACAUUUCGAAGGGAUUAGAUGGAAUGCUGGUAGUUAAUAGAGUUAGGUCAGUGCGGGUAGGUCUUAUGAAGGGUGAGAUUGUUGUGCAUAUAAUGAAUGGGGUAAUCAUGGAUGCGGAGUUGGAGCAAUCAUUUCAGCCUGAUGAAAAUGAAGAUGAUUGAGUGGAGAUGACAAGUUACGCGGUGCUGACAGGAGACUGAUAAUGGUAGAUGUAUUGGCUUCAAGAAAUGUUGUAGUGCAGUAUGUUUUGGUUCUUAACUAACAAUCUUGUGAUGUGAAUUUGUAUAAGAACUCGUGAGUUCAAGUCUGUGUACGGUUCUAAUGGAGUUCCCAAUCUUACGAAAGAAAUUAGUUUCGGUUCUUCUUUCUCGUGUCAAAUGAUCAGUUUUGUGAACAAAUAGUAGCAUUGAACAUUUGUAUAGAAUGAUAAAGCUUAUACGUUGUAAUUAUUUUUACCAAAUAGCUGCAAUGAGAUUCGUUAUAGUUGUAACUCUGACCAGCAAGGCACAUUGUGCAUGCAUUCUGGCUCCAAGGCCUUAAAAUGAAACUAUACCAUUUUAUUGAAUUCUAUUGAAGGUAUUUUUGUAUUCUGUGGAAAUUGGACCACCUUCGUGAUGACUUGAAGUAGUGGGGCUGUACAUAUGCUCUGCCAAAAAGUUCAUAAGUGAACGCCAAUAUCAUAUCCAUGACUUCCAUGUUCUAUUUCUCGAUCUUUCAGAAAAUGCAUUUGAGGUUUAUGUUUUAUGUUUUUGUGGUUUCAAAAGCAGACUUGGGAGUUAGAACACCAGAACUUAGAAAGCUAGUUCUCUUGUGGGAUAUAAUAAACCCAAUCGUGAGUCUUGUGACUUACCUUUUUGUCAUCCUCAGGCCUCAUUAGGAUUCACUUAUUAGAGGUUACGAGAGACCACUAGUGUGGUGAAGAUGGAAUUACAUAUUCAAUAAUACUCUCUUGCAUUUCCAGUUUCUUAGCUGUCCCUCAGAUUAUUUGUUUAUUUUUACUUACUGUUUCAUUUGGUGUAAUUUAUUCAUUUUUUUUUUUUUUUUUGACAGUUUUCUGAUUUUAUUAUUACCAUUGUUAUUAUUUUUAAUUUUUAUGCAACACAAAGUUGGAAAGAUUACAUAUUCUUUCUAGUUCUUUAUUUUCAGAAUGUUUUUAAGGAACUGAAUUUGUUGAAGCCACCUUAAAUCUAUAUGUGAUUUGA